AUGGCGUCGAGCAGCGAAGGUGGGCUUGUGCUUGUCGCUGUUGAUGGCAGUGAAUUCAGUGAUCGUGCCUUGCAUUGUAAGUAUUCAUUAUCAAACUUUAUUCUUUAAUACGUAUUUUUCGAAUUACCACUUUACCAGCGUUUUCACUAUAUUGCUCUAGCAGCAAUGAUAGCGUACGCGUUGCCUUGAAUAGCAAAUUUUGCUAUAUUGGACAAUUAAAAUGUAUUAUGUAUGCACUUGCUAUUAUGACUUAAAUUAAAGAUCAAGUUAUACUUUUAUUCAGUAUUUCAGUAUAUCUUAUGUGAAGUUAUGUCAUUUGUCUCUGGGCCAGAACUGCAAUACAUGCAAAAUUGCACGACGCACUCGGCUCCGCAGUCGGCAUAUUAAAACACAGAGGAGAGACAUACAGAGCUGCAACUGACCGUUGUCCCACUUUUUUUCAGGCGACCGAGAAAAAAAUGAUCAACUGCGCGUGCUCGGCAAGUUUUAAAGCGAACCGCCAUCCAAUCAGAUAUGCACCAGGGCGUUUAUAAGAUAACAAGACGCCUGCUCAGGCGUUCACACUGGCCUGAAAAUAACGAGAUACGUGCUAUGGUGCAAAAGGCAGGAAUACAAAUCUUAAACCGCAAGCAAAUUUUAUGGACUUUUUUUAAAAAAUAAAAGACCUUUUCGGGAGACGUUAAUGGUGCAAGUCUAUAACUAGGAGUUACUAUCGCAAGGAAAGUGCUGCCUUUUUGGCGUAUGAACUGAAUGCAAAAAUUUAUACUUCUACACAAUUCUCGGUUAUAUCCCCAAUGUUUCCUUCUCGUUCAUCAUUUAAGCCCGUUCACAAACUCAUUCUUAAAUUGUGUGCACGGAAUACGAGUAAAUAGCCAACAUGAAAAUGAAGCCAUUGGGUCAAAAGUGGAUAUUAAGGUCUAUUACCUAAUCAUGCCGACCUACAGAAUCGAUUUCCGGUUUUUCCUAAACAGCGCGUUGUUUUGAUGUGCGUUCCAUGGGCCGCGCUAAAAAUAUAAAUAUUCUGUAAAUACCAAAAUAAAAGAUGACAAUCUCAAGACACAAGCUUGAAAAUAACACUAUAAAUAGUGUUUUCGAUUCUGGUUCCAAUAAUAUCAUUACGAAAAAGAUAUGUCCAAAGGGGCCGAAGUUAUGUUCGGCAAAAUGUAUGGCUAGUAGUUUACAUUGUUUGUUAUAUUAUGAAAUAUGAUACCAUACUUGUAUUAAAAUUCGCGUCGAACUAAUGUUAUUGUAUUAGGCAAAUGAGUAGACUUGCCACAAGUCGACCUCGAACGAAAUGCGUUUCUUCGAGGUCGACUUGUGGCAAGUUUAGCAAAUGAGAACCAUACAAUAAUGGUUCUAGUUCUUGUUGGUAUUUUGAACGCACGCUUUAUCUUUAGUAUAGCUACCACAAAGCUUUUCGCGCGGAUUAUAUUUCGCGCAGUACUAAAAUUUCCGCACCCAGCGGCCAUAGCCUGUGAGAAUUUACGGCUAUACACAGGCUAAGCGGCCAGCGCUACGCUAAUUCUCUUAAUUCUAGUACUGCGCGGAUUUUAAUACAUGUAUUUAAAGGUAUAUUGUCGACAUUUGACUAAAACUAUCGUAAGGAAUUCGGAGAGUUUGUCCUUGUUUAUAUUCCAAUAUAUUGUAUAAAUUCGCUGGGUACAAAGUCGAGUCGUUUAAUUUAAUACAAAAAGAAAAACAUUAAUUCAACAGGCAAGAAAGUCCAGAGUGCGACGCAAAAAUUACAGGGCAUAUUGUAAACACUGGACUGGACUUUGGACUGGACUUUGGACUUUGGACUAUGGACUUUGGACUUUCGAUUUUGAAAUUAUAUUUUUUUUAGAUUUUCGUAUAAUUAUAUUAAAAUCUAAACAGAGAACGAAGAUUUGCUGCUGAAAAGCGUGCUACACUGCAUGCACAUGCAUGAUAUAAUAAUAUACAAAGUAAAAAAUCUCUAGUAUCAGUUAUAUAGGUAUACCAGCAGUGCAAUUUCAUACGGAUAUUGCCUGUAGGAUAGCAGGAUUAUCCAAUAUUUUGGGAUUUAAUAUUUAAAUUUUAUAUAAUAUUUGUAUUUAUAGUAUGCAUAGUACAGUAUAUACUGCAGAACUUCUUCUUUAUCAUAUAGAUAAUAGAUUAAUUGUCAGAAACAAUUGUGACAAAAGUGUCUCGGCAAACACAAAAUAUUAACUAUACAAGUGAUUAUUAUCGCGCCUAUUGAGUAUUGUGACUGUUCAUCUUUGCAUAAUAGUUUAUACUAGUACUGUAUUGUGUAAUUGUUUACUUCGUUACACAGUAACGUUUUGUUAAAUUAAUGUUACUUAUUUUUUAAAGACAUUCUAGUUAGCUAUCCUUAUCACUAUAAGACUAAGUGCUUCAGUUAUUAUUAAUAAGUGUUAGUAGAUGGACAGGAAUAUUCGACUAACGGAAAUUUACACACUUUUUAAGACCUACUCAGUUGUGUGUGAGAAGGCAAAAAUCUAUGUCUAUGUGCUUCAGGUAGUCUAGCAACUAUUUGCCACGUUUACCACUUGCAAGUGAUGAACCAGGCGGGAAUCGCAAUCGUAGUAUAAAGAUUAAUGCUCAGCCGCAUAACGUACACAAAAGAGCCAUAUAUAGACAAUAAUAUAAACAUAAAUAUAUACAUAAAGUAAUACUAAUUACUAUAGAUUAUCAUAAAGUAAUCAGUACUACCAAUUUUUUACUGAUAAUGUAUCAUACAUUCGUAUUUUAUAAAGUAUGAUGACUAUGAGCUACUAUGAGAGUUUUCGUGUUCACUAUGGCUGAAUACAUUUAUGAAAAGCUAAAACUGACACAGACAAAAUACAUUGUAAACACAGCCUAUUUAGGUAGGCGCUAAACCGCUGUAAAUUAUUAUGCAAAGAUGAACAAUACCGUCAUUAGUAUUUUUGCGCAAGUGAAUAAAUAGUACAGCAAAUCCUACAAGUUGUCAAGUUGAUUGGUCAAAUUUGACAAAUUCCCUAGCCUCCUUCGCAGACAUCAGAGAGAACGUACACAACUGGCGGCUGCGAGGGAGACUACAAAUUCCCGGAUAAUCACGGCCUCGCCUUCGGCGAAUAAUUGUUCAAAGCCAAAGGCGCAAUAAUAAUCGCGUGUAGUUUAUACUCAUACGUGAUAGUUUCUCAAUAUUUUGUAUUUGCCAAGCUACUUUUGUCGCAAUUGUUUCUAUAAAUCUAUUAUAUAUACGCGAUAAAGAAGAAGUUCUGCAGUAUAAACUGUACUAUACAUACUAUAAAUACAAAUAUUAUAACUGAUAAAAUUUAAAUAUUAACUUAAAAAUAUUACUGAGAUGAUGAGAAUUGCACUGGUAUACCUAUAUAACUGACAGUAUUUUUUACCUUGAAUAUUGUAUCAUGCACAAAUUUUCGUUCUCUGUUUAGAUUUUAAUUAAUAUAAUUAUACGAAUAUUUUAAAAAUAUAAUUUCAAAAUCGAAAGUCCAAAGUCCAAAGUCCAUAGUCCAUAGUCCAAAGUCCAUAGUCCAAAGUCCAAAGUCCAGUCCAGUGUUUACAAUAUGCCAAAAUUACAGUAAGGUCGCAGCGCUCGGAACAUUCAUUCUCAUUGGCUGAUCGUUUACCCCCUGUAGCCAAUCAUAGUGUCACAUAUCAUCAGACCAAGAUCAGACCAAACGUCUGAGACCAAACCAGGAUUCACAUUUAUCUUUCCUUCUCACUUGUAUUCAAUAAGAACAAACAACUGCGCAAAAAAUAAGAACAAAAAAAGCCUUUGCGGAGGACGUAAGACUUUAAGACAAGAAUCUAGAGAUAUUCACUAAUAUUUUACACAUGCAGCGAGUAUUGCAUGGUUCUCAUUGCUUCCUGGCUCUGUGCAGGGGCGGAUUUAGACCGUUGCAACUGUAGCAUAUGCUACGGUCAGAUUUUCCAUAGGCCAGUUCUAACAUGGAUCAUAAAAUCAAUCUAAAAUAUAAUUUAGCAAUAUUUUGUUUACUUUCCUUGUUUAUAUUUCAAGGUUUUAUUUUAUUUAGUUUUAUAUGUUCUAAAACAUUUUAUUUUGACAAAUUGAUGACAUUUAUAAUACGUAACGUUAAUUGUUUUAAGAAUUCCCGCCCGAAAAUACGGUUGUAAUUGCCCGUUUGCGGGUCAUUACGCAAUGGACUAUAGCUUAGAAAAUAUCAUCCUUCAGAAAUACACUGUAGCGUGUUGCCCAUAUAUGAUCAAUUUUCGCUACGGUCAGAUUCAUUAAGGUCGAAUCUGACCGUAGCGAAAAUUGGCAUAUACGGCAUUCUGAUUGGUUUGCUACGGUCAAACGUAGCAAACCAAUCGGAAUGGGGCAAAUGCUAUAGUUUGCUACGGUGGCAUGAAAUUGGCUACUGCUCCAGAACGAUGGAAUAUCGGAUAUUUGUGUUUGGCUCAUCAACAACAUGCUAUUGGGAACCCACAGUACGGUUGUGCGCAUUUCGAAAUGAAAGCCGUCGUAAAGCUAAAGGAUUUAUAUGCGUCGAGGUAGAAAUAAAGUCAGAUAGUAAAACGAAUCAUUUCCAGUCAGGUAAGCCUUAUGAAUGAUAAGAGAUGCACAUUAUAUUUUAAUUUGAGUUUUUACUGUAUAGUGUUCGCUAUUAACUUCGCUUUAUUAAAGUGUUUGCGCGCGUAUGUACAGUGUACCUGCAUGUAUUGAAAUUAAUACGCGAAUUAUGAUACGCGCGUAUAUAUAUCGUGUUUUAUAGCGCGCUAAUAUUUGUUUGUAAUGCGUAUAUAUUCGUAAGAUACGCGUAUUCAUAUCAUAAUACGCGCGUUCAUAUGAUAUGCGUAUUCGUAUAAUACACGCGUUCGUAGAUGAUACGCGCAUUUCGGUAUUCAAUUGAUAAUGAUAUGCGUAUGAUACGAGUAUCAUACCGAUAUCGUAUGUUAAAAUAUACGCGAGCAAUAGUUUACAUUUUGAGAUCAUUUCGGCUUAUUUUUGCUUGAGAAAUGAAUACAAUGAGGGCAAAUUUAAUGGUCACAUGCAGUGCUCAGAACGCAGGAAAUGGCAUUUCCGGGCUUCAAAUUUCAAAAAUUUUCCGGGGGGGGCAUGCCCCAGGACCCCCCUAGCUAUGCGAGGUCUUGGAAAAUGCUACGGUCAGAUUUUUGGCUGGAUCCGCCCCUGCUGUGUGUGCAUGAUUUUAACUGUAGAUUUACCAUAUUGAAAACGUUAACCAUCAGUGUAUAUAGUGUGCAUUUUAAGUUACUGAGCGUUGAUAUAUUAUGAGACUGAGAGACAUACACAAAAAAAGUGGGUACACUAGUUACAACUCUGUAUGUAUCUACUCUGUGGCAUAAACAUGCACAGCAGCAACGAGAUACGUCAUUAUUCAUUAACAGGGCGCUUAUAUAUCACAUGAUAUAUAAACGCCCUGGUCGUUAAUACCUAAUUUCCGCCACGGUGAUUUCCACAGUUUACACAGGGCGCUGGUUUACACCGAAGAGAAAUUAAAGUCAACGGGCACAGGUGUAUCGCUCAGCUUGCGCUUCUGCCUCAUAUUAGAGUUUUAUGCAUUAUAAAAGUGAAGAGUCUACUGAUAUAGUAAAUAUCUUAUAUACUUUACUGAUAUAGUAAAUUCAAAGAUGGAGCUUAUACUGAAAAAAAUGUGUUCGGAAAUUUUUUGUUUAUUUCGUCAUUCCGCUGAUAUGGCGAUUUCUUUGACGACUGCAAUAUAUUUCUGAGUCAUUUGAGUGAAUUGUUCUUUAUUAACUGAUAAAAUAUCCAACGUCAUUAGAAAAAAGCCGAACUGACACCAUUUUGAAACUGAUGUCUUUAGCUAUGUCCUGUGAAAAUUUGAGAAACAUUCAUUAAAACCCGCCAACCAUAGAGAACAACUCGUUUGAAAAUCCGCAGUAAUUGCCGUAAAAUUCUUCAGGAGAAAAUUGAAUUUGAAUAUUACAUUUUCAAUGUUUUUCUUAUUGCAGCGAAAUGUAUUUUAUUACUAAUUUAACAACAAAAUUUUUGUGUUCAAACUCGGUCAGAUAGUAGAAGUAGAACUUGUCUAAUGCUUUCAUGGAAACCAAUAAAAAAGUUUGAGGCAAAAUUAACACUCCAAGGUAUUCUGUAACCUUAAAUAGCGUCAAUAACUGCACAACUGGCCCAUGUAUCACUGUUCAAAUUGGUAUACUACGUACACCUUUAAAAUUAUCCCCGAUUCGGCUGACACAAACUUAUAAAACGCGCCGUACACAGCAGUAUACGUUACGGUAGAUUCAGUGGAAAACUGAAAUUGACAAUUUAUUUGUUUUAAUACAUUUAUUUUAGUUUACUUGAAGAGUUUGCAUAAAGAAGCAUACAGAGUAGGGUUGAUUUAUUCCUACGAAAAACCAGAUGUUGUUGUACGUGCGCCAAGUAAGGAAAUAUAUUAUCUGAUAUGAUGCGAUGUUUUGGUUGGUGAUCUUUAUCACUGUGCAAUUAUGGUUACGUGAAAACGAACAGAUUAACGUCAUUAACUACUACUAAAAAUAUACUUCUAGUGGACAUUGGCAAACUGAAUAUUGAUGAGAUUGAAAAGACGUUUAGAAGUUCUUGGGAUGAAGCAGAUAAGAUAAUGGAAAAGUACAAGAAAAUUUGUCAGCAAUAUGGU